AUGGAGUCUAUUUCGAACAAGUUUGGCUACAACAGAGGAGCCAUCAUUCUUGAUGCGUUCUCGAUUGUGACGAACCACGAUCAACAAGAGUUGUCAUCUACUGACAGGGACACCCUGGAACAAGCGGUGGAUGACAUCAUGUUAGUUCUUGGCAGGAUGGAGGGCUUGACCUUCGUAGAGUUUGAAGUCCUGGUUGCGUAUGCCGCUCGGAUCGACCCAACAGAGCAGCUCAACUUUCUCGACACUCUGGUCGACAUCAUUCGGGCUUCCCGUAAGGUUGACUCCUUCACUGAGUACGAUAAGAAGUUUUUGAACUUCGUCGAGGGUAUUCGCAAUGGGCUCGCUGCUGCUCGGGGCGCAAAUUUCGGUGUGUCUGUCCAACCUUGGCAAAAUGCUCACAUCGCCCCGUAUGUUCAUGAUCAGGGGCUGGCCGCCGUUGACUUUAUGCAAGCUCCAAGCGGCGAAACUACUCGUACUUGGAAGUCUGAGUUCGAAGAGGUCAGCGAAGCAGGUACAUACACCCGUUCGGUCGUUGAGACGGUAACUGGUGAUACAUCCAUGUCUGGCGGCUUUUACACCACAAUGUCCAUGACAUCGAGCUCAUUCACCCCUUCAAACGUACCUAUGCUUGAUAGCUGUGAGACAUCGGUCGAUAUCAAGCAGUCUAUUGAAGACUCCGCAGAGAUGACUCCUGAGGGUGGAUUUGAUGAAGGGCGGUUUCGCAGUACCUUGGAAGGCAUGUCGAGCCUGAGAUUUGAGUCUGAACCCCCUGUCCAUCUCCCUUAUUGGAUGGCAUGA